CAUUGUAUAUGCUUUGCAGGUUUGUCUUUUGACCUCAGGAAGUAUUUGUGGUGCCAUACUGAAUUUACUCAUUUGGAGCAAUGGCAGAACAGGAAGGAAAUAUCCCUGGAUCUGACCAAGACAAUGAAAGCACCUCAGAUGAAAGCACCAAUGAAGACGUGUUGCAGGAAGAGGAAACACAGACAACCAGAGAUGGACAGGGUGCCACUGGAAGAACAGCUGUGCAGGUGCCAUUUCUCCGAUAUACCUUUCCCCCUAAAAUAAAAUCCAAAAAAACCCUGAUGAAGGAACAAAGAAGGGGAGAACCAGAACGGCUGUUUUUAAGUAAAAAAAAAAAUGGGAAUGACGAUAAAUACCAGUUUUACACUGAAGAUGUAGGCAAAUGGAGAAAAAGGAUAAAGACCAAGUUUGGUGAAAACACUGAGCAAAUAGCCUCGUACAAAUAUGAGACAGAAAUUGGCACCAUAAUGUUAUACCACAACGGAGAAUGUGUUAUACAUGUCACAGACCAAACAAGGGCUGGAUUUCCCAGCUUGUUUGAGGAAAUGUUAAACAAUGAUGAAGAGCAAGAUGAUCAAAAUACAGAAAACCAAAAUGAUCAAAACACAGAAAACCAAGAUGAUCAAAAUACAGAAAACCAAAAUCAUCAAAACACAGAAAACCAAGAUGAUCAAAACACAGAAAACCAAGAUGAUCAAAACAUAGAACAAGUAAUUGAGAAAAUACAAAAUAUUAAAUUUGAAAAAUAACAACCUUAAAAUAUAAAGUGCCUUAAAGCAACAGUUGCCACGAUUAAGCGCUAUAUAAAAAAUUUAAUUGAAAUUAAUUAAUGGCAUUUUUGCAUGGAUUGUUGUUCAGUUUUUUUUUUGCUUUGGUAGUUUGAGGUCUUCUGGUAUUUGAGAAAAAUUAAAUAUAGUCUACUUGGAACAGUUUACUUCUUUGUUUGUGUUACUGUUUGGAUUAAAAAGUCUUUUGUACAGAAAAUGUAUAAUUAAAAUGUGAUUAUUAAAGAUUUUCUGUAAAAUUAUGACAUAAUGAU